CCUCCAUACCUCCUAGGGCAACGCAGCGCAGGGCAGGGCCGGACCCGCCCUCUUUCUUUCAAAACACCCGACUGUGACACCUCUCUCGACACCUCUCUCCUCCUGCACUCCUCUACCUCCGUAUUCUUCUUCUUCCCACCAACAUAUUGUCGUUUCCGCCAUUUCUUACCUCCCGCCACUCUCGCUAUCCCGCCAUCUUCGCCCUCGUCACAAACACUAACUUACUGGCCAUAUCGCCUUGGCCGAAAACUUCCUGGCCGGCCAACCUUAUUCGGAGCUUCAUCGCGUGCGGCGACGUCAGAGCUUCUUCGCCAAUACGUACCCGCACCUGUAGAUAGGAGGGUACAUGUACCUGUCCGGCUUUUCUUCUAUUCACUACCGGAGCGCACACACGUGGAACGACCAAGUGCUGGGAGUUUCUUCGAAAUUUCGUUCCUCUUCUUGCAUCGAUACAGCCAUUGCAUCUCACUCGCUUGAUGAAAUAGACUGCCAACAUGACGACUCCUGUGGACGAGAGGCCGGAGCCGACGUAUGUGCAACCGUCGUACAACAUGAGCCAUCCAGGUCAGAACACGCAAGGGAGAAGUAGCUUGGACACCUCGUUACCUUCUUAUAAUGUCAAUCAUACCGCCCACCGAGAUACGCGUAACAACAGCUCCGACGAAGGGACCAUGAUUGGGGAUAGCGAUGCGCACAGCAAUCCACGUCGUGGAGACAGGGAGGAGGAUGAAGAGGGACACCGACCAGACCAUUUGGCACCACCGGGUAGGCCGCGCAGCGCAAGUCGCUUGACUGUGGAAACCCAGUACGAGCCCGGCGACCCGCUGCGAAGCUAUGCAUCGCCAUCGCAGACACGCGAGCAGGCGAACCGACUGGACGACGACCUGACCCUGUUGAAGAUUGAGAGACAAAUCUCGCGCCAGGCCGAGGAGGAAGACUUGUCCCGAUCCAAGAGUCAUGGUGGAGAUACGGGUCGUAGCAAAUCACGAACUCGCGCUCCACAUGUGGAUGAGUUCGACGAAGCUACCAAUCCUGUGCACGAGAAAGCCCAAGUAUAUAAGCCUGUGGAGAAUCCCACCACCAAAUUUGGCAGAUUCCUCAAGGGAGUGCAUCAGUCAAACUUUCUCGUCCGCUGGUUCACAUACAUCUUGCCAGUCGUCCUGAUUCUGUUGAUCCCCUUGCUGCUCGGAGCGCUGGUCUUCAAACGGGCUACCGUGGGCGGCGUGGAACUGGUGUGGUUCAUGAUCUGGCUGGAGAUUGUGUGGCUGACGCUCUGGGCGGGCAGAGUACUGGCCAAAUGUCUGCCAUGGCCGAUAGGCAUGUUGUCAAGCUUCUUUACCAACAACAGCAAGAAGUGGAGAGACAUGGGAAAGCAGCUGGAGCUGCCUGCAACCUUGUUCUUCUGGUGGCUGGCCAUUGAGGUCAGUUUCUUGCCUACGAUGAAGAAUCACCAGCGGGACCAUCCAUACGGUCAUACCCCGGACUGGAUGAGCACCAUGAACAAAGUCCUGGUCUCAUUCCUCGUUGGAGCCGUUCUGAACUUUGUCGAGAAGAUUCUCAUCCAGCUGAUCGCCAUCAGCUUCCACCUCCGAACGUACGCCGACCGCAUCGACAUUAACAAAUUCCAGAUUGGUUCGCUCACGAAGCUCUACACAUUUUCGAAACAGAAAAUUGCCAUGGAUGAUGCCGAAUUCGAGCAGCGCGACGAUGGCGGUCCUAGCGGCGCCCGCACACCUGGUCAAGCUCUCAACGAAGCGAAGCAAGCCGCGAAGGAGGGAUUCCGACAGUUUGGCGACGUGGCCGGAAAGGUCGCUGGCGAUUUCACUGGAAGGACGGUCACCAAAAGCACGCAUCCUACUCAGGUGGUCCUCACCCUACUGGGCUCCACUUCCGGUGCCCAAGUCCUCGCUCGUCGCUUGUAUCGUACGUUUGCACGCGAAGAUAUCGAAACCGUCGUUGCAGAUGACUUGCGGCCCGCUUUUGAGAAUGAUGAGGAGGCUACCGCGGCCUUUACCAUGUUUGACAAGGACAUGAAUGGCGAUAUCUCCAUGGAAGAACUGGAGGCCGUGUGCGUGGAGAUUGGUCGCGAGCGCAAAAGCAUCACGGCUUCGCUCAAAGAUCUGGAUAGUGUCGUGAGCAAGUUGGACGACGUCUUCAUGUUCAUCGUCUGUGUCGUCGUCAUUCUGGUCCUCAUCUCCCUCAUCUCGACCUCCGCUGCGGGCGUUCUGACGUCAGCAGGCAGUGCCGUACUGGCCCUCUCGUGGCUGUUCAGUGCUACCGCGCAAGAGUUCUUGCAGUCGGUCAUCUUCGUCUUUGUCAAGCAUCCCUUCGACGUGGGCGAUCGCGUGGGCAUCUAUGGCAAUACAGGCUCGAUGCUCAAGGGCGAUGACUACUUUGUCAAGGAGAUCUCGCUGCUCUAUACGGAAUUCAAAAAGAUGGAAGGCCACAUUGUGCAAGCGCCGAAUUCAUAUCUGAACACACUAUUCAUCCUCAACCAGCGCCGAUCGGGAGGUCUCGCAGAGGCUGUGACCAUCACCAUCAAGUUUGGUACCACUCUGGAGCAGCUGGACGGCUUGAGGACGAAACUCCUGGAAUUUGUGACUUCGGAAAAGCGCGAGUACCAAAGCAACAUCCUGACCGAGCUGCGUGAGAUUGUCGAGGUGCACUCGAUGAACUUGAAUGUCAUCUUUUUCUACAAGUCGAAUUGGCAGAAUGAAGGCUUACGUCUCGCACGCCGCAACAAAUUCAUCUGCGCGAUGAUGGUUACCAUGCAAGAACUAGGAAUCGAAGGGCCGUACAUGCGCUUCCCAGGAAUGCGCGAGAGCUUUCCCAUGUACCUGUCCAACGUUCCUCAUAUUGGCACGGGCGCGGGACAUGGCGGUCAUCCUGACAAUCCCCAUGGAAAUCCUCCGCCAGGCACAAACGAGUCGGAGGGUUACCAUGAUGCGCCAUUUGUCGCACCCAUUCCGGGACAAGAAGAUUCGACUGGCUCACGCAUGCCCUCGUCGAAUUUGCGCAGCGGCUCCAUCCUGAGACACGGCGGCGGCGGUAGAGCACGAGGCGAGUCACUCUCGCACAUGAGCAAGCGUGUCGACUUCAGCUUGGGCAUGAAAAGUUAUGCUGCGAUGGGUGAUUUGUCUGGGGAUGUGUACGAAGACCGCAACUUUGGCAAGCCCCAAAUCGACAUCAUCGAAGCGUCACGCGAGCGCGAGCGAUCGGAAGCGCGUGCGCGUAGCUCCCAAGAAGCGGCCAGAAGAGGGGGCAGUAGCGACUCUGCUCGUUCGUCCGCUCGCGAUAAUUUCAUAUCAGGUGGUCUCUCUCGAAGAGCGACGGACGCUUCCGGUCGUCCGAAGAGUGGCAUUCAUCGCAAUCGAUUUUUUGGUCGUUCCAAUGCCGAUGCUGAUGAUGUGGAACGCGGCAGCGUAGCUAUGGCCGACAUUCCCGAGGAGUCUCGCAACGCUACCGCGUCCAAUACUCCUGGAGGUCGCAUCGAUCCUCGAUCCGGUCUGGUAUCUCCAGCAGCUUGGAGACUACAUACUGACGAGAGCAAUCCUCGUCCGCAGCCGCCACAGCUCCCUCGCCAAGUCAGCGGUAGUGGAGAUAUUGGGGACAUUCCACAUGUGGGAGCUCCGGAAGGACAUCGACUUCUUGGCGGAGGAGGCGUGGGACGAAGCCAGACUCUGCGCUAGACGCGUUUGCAUUCACCUGGUUCGGGACGAAGAGCACGAUUGAGCAGCGUAUUGUAUAGCAUCGCGACAGCAUCGCGAGGAAGGUAUAGAAUUGACAAGACUACAUGGAAGAGACGGCAUAGAUGUACGACGACAGUACGAGAAAGGGUGCCAAGAUAGAGAGAAGGCAGUCUAGUAGAGCCAAAGUGACACCUCGACGACUGAACAAAAGCAAGUUUG